AUGGAGAUGAUUUAUUCUGUUAUCCCGGAAAAUAUAAUAUUCUAUGUAAUUAUCGCUGUAGUAUUUAUUUAUCUACGAAAAUAUGUAUCUCCAACUCCAAUCUCCACUACGUUGGAUGUGGAUAUAAGAGAAUUAAAACGAGAUAUGUUGGCUCUAAAAAAUGAUCAUGCAAGAAUAGAAAAUGAUUUGGAAUGGAGAAGUGAAGUUCGAAGUAGAGGGCAAGCAUCUAUAACAAAUCUCAGGUCUGAAUAUUCUACUGAGAUUGAAACUCUCUGGGUUGAAUUUACUGUCCUAUUUGACGAGAGAAGAAAAAGAGAAAAAUAUUCUCCCUGCCUUUUUGCAAAGAAAAAGGGCUACACUUGCCAGCUUUUACCAACACCAGAAAUCACUGCAACAUAG